AUGCAGACUAGUACUGGGAGCAUAGACGGUGUUACCCCCGUCCUGGAGCCGCCGGUCUACAACACAUCAGUUACCACUGGCGUCGAGCUGGAAGAUGGGCAGAAGCUCUAUCUUCCACUUGUUCUUACCUUGGCUGGAGCAGCCUUUCUCAAUACUCUCGCCGUCCAGUCAACAGUUAUAAUCCUGCCCAGUAUCGGCCGCGACCUACACAUACCUACCGAGCGCCAACAAUGGAUUAUCUCUGCCUAUUAUCUUACCUUUGGCUGCUUUCUGCUCCUUUGGGGUAGAUUUGCAGACAUCUUUGGGCGUCGUCUGGUCUUCCUCAUAGGGUCGGCUUCGCUCACCAUAUUCACCAUCCUGGUCCCGUUCGCACCGAAUGAGAUAGUCUUGGACCUAUUCCGAGGCCUACAAGGUCUGGGUGCAGCGGCCAAUGUUCCUACUGCAAUUGGGAUCCUCGGUGCUACUUUUCAGCCAGGAAAGUAUAAGAACUACGCAUUUGCCAUCUAUUCGGCCGGGUCUUCCUGCGGAUCAGUGCUAGGAAAUAUUUUUAGCGGAGUGAUCGCGCAGUAUGUCAGCUGGAAAUGGAUAUUCUGGGCCUCCGCCUUUCUCUGCGGAAUGGUUACCGUGGCCGGCCAAAUUCUGAUCCCUCAUUCAAAGGUUGAGCAUUCUUCCUGCUCCAAACUUAUGGUCAAUGUUGAUUGGGUGGGCGGUAUAUUAGUUACUGGGGCCAUCCUAACCUUAAACUUCGCUUUGACGGAAGGUAACGUUGUCGGAUGGACGGUGAGCUGGGUUCUGGUAUCGCUCCUGGCUUCCUUGAUUUUGUUGGUCAUGUUUGUAUUGUGGAUAUGGUACCUCGAGACGAAGACCCAGAGGCCUCCUCUUCUGAGGAUUUCUAUCUUUCAUAACAGCCGUUUCAAUGCCGCGCAGGUAAUCAUGGCUACCUUUUUUGCGGCCUUCAAUAACUAUCUCGUCUACGCGACCUACUUCUACCAAGAGUAUUUAGGACUCGGGCCACUAGACACGGCUAUUCGGUUUAUACCGACAGGAGUUAUGGGUAUCGUGGGGAACAUAAUUGCUGCCAAACUCCUUUCCCGUGUCCCUGGGUCCUAUCUCCUGGUUUUCAGUUGCGGCUGCGUGGGAAUUUCCUGCCUCCUUAUGGCCGUUCCGAUACCACCGUCGACUACAUACUGGGCCUACAGCUUCCCAGCCAUGGUGUUAUCUACAUUAGGAGCUGAUAUUCUUCAUCCGACACUCAACCUUUUCACAGUUCAGUGCUUACCUCUAGAAGAUCAGGCCCUCGGCGCGGCGCUGAUCACUGCUGUUUUGCAGGUGGGAAGGGCCGUUGGAAUCACGAUUGCCACCGUGGUGCAAAUAUCGGUGGAAAGGAGAGCCAUUAGCCACAGCGAAGCUGAAAGUGAUCUAUUCGCGUUUCUCCGGGGAAUUCGCGCCAGCCAGUGGUUCAAUUUUUCGCUCGCCGUUGUGGCAUGCACCGUAGCUCUGCUAUUUUUCAGGGACAAGGAAAAAAUAGGUGCGAUUCGACGGUAG